UCAAGAUAUAUUUUGUCAUUUGUAGAAAAACAAAGAACACAGACGAGAAGCAUCAAUGGCAGCAACAUGUAAUAGCAUAUGUAAAGCAGCAGCAUCAUUAUCUAUAUCCAUCACCACCCCUUCUCUCUCUACUUCUUCAUCUCACCUUCUCCUCCCUUCUCUCUCUCUCCUCCCCAACUCUUCAAGAAAACUUUCUGCCUCAAGUUUCAGGCUGACCCAUGUCGUCAAGAAUCCGGGUCGGAUCACUGUUCGGGCCAUGUCAUCAGAUUCCGGGUUAGAAGACUCUGUGAAAAAGACUAUUGCUGAUUACCCAGUUGUUGUUUACUCCAAGUCUUGGUGCUCGUAUUCUUCUCAGGUGAAACAGUUGUUCAAGAAGCUUGGUGUGCAACCACAUAUUAUUGAACUGGACCAAUUAGGUUCCCAAGGAUCACAAUUACAGGACGUGUUGGGAGAUUUGACUGGGCAAUACACUGUACCAAAUGUUUUUAUCGGGGCUAAACACAUUGGUGGUUGUUCAGAUACUGUUGAAAUUUAUCAGAAAGGGGAGCUUGAAAAUUUGUUAUCUGAAGCUGGCGCAAAGAAAUAGAGCUAGUCUUUAACCUCAUCAAGGAUCUCUAUGCUGCUUCACUUUCAUCAGAAAGAGUCACGAGUAAUCAGUGUUGAUUUGUCCACGAGUCCAUAGGUUUCGGCAUUAACACGUUUUGUUUGAUAUGUUUUUCUUAAGAAGUGUGCAAGUCCAGGUAAAUUUGUAGUGUUGAAAGAGUGAACUUGGUUUUAUCCACAUAUUGCGAUGGCAUUGUUUUCCCUCAAGAGGACUAAAAUCUUUUUUGAUCAAACUCGAGAUGAGUUCCUUUUCUUAUGGAACUUAGCUGA